CAAAAACUGAACAAGUACCGCUGCAAUAGAAUAACGAAGGGUCGCGGAAAUUAGUUCUUUUUCUUAAUAAUAGUUAAGAGUAGAUUUUAUUUAGUCUUUUGAUGCCUGCUUGACUUACGAUGGAGGUAAAACCAGCGAGCUUCCCUCAUGAACGAAGAAACCAUGUCUUGUUGACAUGGGCACAGUCAAUGAACGGGAAAAUUGGAUAUAAAGUUCCUUCGAGUUAUGAGAAUCCGCAUGUAUUUCGAGGACAAUUAAAAAUAUCCAGCAAAGAAUCCUUUCGUAUGACGCACGGUCUGCGAUCUUUGUUUGAUGCUAUUAUGGUGGGCAGCAAUACUGUUCGGAACGACAAUCCUAGCUUAACUUGUCGAUACCCUUGUCCGGAGAAUUCCAACUGUUUAGCUCCCGUUUCCAUGCAACCCAUUCCUAUUAUCAUUGACUCGCAUUUGUCUCUCAAUUACGCUACUUUGAAGGUGAUGGACUUGGCUCGACGUGGUUUAACAAAGGCUCCUUGGGUUGUUGUUGCUCCUAGUGUUUUACAAAGGAAAACGACAGAUGCCCAAUUGCAGGAGCGCUGGAAUUGCAUUGAGUAUUGCGGCGGUCGAAUUUUUGUUCGAGAUCAGGAACACCCAAAUAAUUGGAACGAUUACGUGAGCUUGAAAGAGCUCCAAAGUAAUGGUGCCUCGAGAAUCAUGGUGGAAGGAGGAGCGACCUUAUUAGAAAAGGCACUUGAAUCAAAUUCGUUCGACUCCCUCGUUGUCACCAUCGCACCGAAGAUGUUUUCUAGCGAAGAAACAGUAGGAAUUUCUUAUCAAAAAUACCUUGACUUGAACCAUGCUUCAUGGAUACCAUGUGGAAGUGAUAUUUUGUUAACUACAUAUGAACAUUUUCCAAUAGAUUUGUUUACAUUAGAGUACAAUCGCUCUAAAAUUUAAUUUUAAGAAAAGUCUUGGUUUUUCUUUUAUAUUAUGAAGCUGUUGGAAGAAAAAGAACCAGUUCUCCAUUGGGCUACUAAACUUUUUCUAUGAGAUGAUAUAAAUGACAUUAAGUUGGCAUUACAAACUGCUCAAAAAAAAUCAAAAAGAUUAUGUUUGGUUAAAUUAUUAAGGUUCUUUAAUAAUAGGUAGUUUUAUCUACAGUACUAAUAAUGGUUUACAAGGAUACAUAGAGGGUGAAAAUAUCUUGAGCAAUGCAUUCUUUUAUCCCAAAUCUAGCAAUGGAUUGAUUUAAACUAAA